CUUCCCUCUUCAUCGUCAUCGCUCCUCCUCCUCCUUCAUCUCCCCAUCUUCAUCCCCUUGCUUAUCCCGCAACAAUCCCUCCCGCUCUCUUCUGACAUACCCUUCAUCCUCCCCUCUCAGUCCUAUCUCCACCGGUGACAGCUCGUCUCGCGUUCCUUCUGUCUCCGCCAUGCCUGCCACCACGGCGGACGCCCUCUCCCUCGUUCAGCGCACCGUCACGGUCGCUCCUCUAGUCCUUCUCUCCGUCGCAGAUCACUACGGCCGCUCGGCCAAGGGUACCCGGAAACGUGUGGUUGGUGUGCUGCUAGGUGAGAACUCGGGUCAGAAUGUCCGGGUAUCGAACAGCUUUGCGGUGCCCUUCGAGGAAGAUGAGAAGGAUCCCUCUGUUUGGUUCCUAGAUCACAACUUUGUCGAGUCGAUGAGGGACAUGUUCAAGAAGAUCAAUGCUCGUGAGAAGCUGGUUGGGUGGUAUCACUCGGGCCCGAAGCUGCGGGCCUCGGAUUUGGAAAUCAACGAACUCUUCAAGCGCUACACACCGAACCCUCUGCUGGUGAUUGUGGAUGUCCAACCGAAGGAGGUUGGCGUUCCUACGGAUGCUUACUUUGCCGUGGAUGAGAUCAAGGAUGAUGGCACCACAACAUCAAAGACCUUCGUCCACACCCCGUCUAUAAUCGAAGCCGAGGAAGCAGAGGAAAUUGGAGUGGAGCACCUCCUCCGGGAUAUCAGGGAUGUCGCUGUCGGAACCCUCUCUACCCGCAUAACGUCGCAGCUUCAGUCGCUGCAGGGCCUGCACCUGCGUUUGCGCGACAUCGGCCAAUACCUGCAGAAGGUUCUUGACCACGAACUCCCCGUCAACCACGCCAUUCUGGGCAACCUCCAGGACGUCUUCAACCUCCUCCCCAACCUUACCACACCAGCCGCCACGCCGCGCAUCAGUGGCGCCCCCGAACAGCCGUCGGAGAACAGCGAACUCGCACGGGCCAUGAGCAUCAAGACCAACGAUCAAUUAAUGGCGAUCUACUUGAGUAGCUUGAUCCGCGCCAUCACCGCAUUCCACGACUUGAUCGAGAACAAGAUCCAGAACCGGCAGCAACAAGAAGAGAAUGAGCUGAAGAGGGAGCAAGAGGCCAACGCGGCCAAGACUGAGAAGGAGGCCGCGAAGAAGGCCAACAGCACCGCCAAUGGAGAGCAGAAGGAGGGUCAAGACAAGGAGAAGACCAAGAAGAGCCAGAAGGAGUAGACGGGUCAGGGACUCUAUGCGAUACGAUCAUCUAGAACAAUGCAGUCCAUCGAAUGUAUAUUACGGUAAUCUCUACGCGGCUGAUUGCGACCUCGGGGGCAUCUGCUUGUUAUAGGCCAGCAACGAUGCUGCUAUAUCUGUAUUGGUAGGAUAUAUCCUCGGAGCAGCACUUGCGUGAGGUAUUGUCGAGGAUGAACUU